CUCUCCGUGCAGUGAGAUUCCUGGGGACAUCACAGCACGAGGCAAGUCUGCUUUGAGGAGAGCGCAAGGACAGAUGAACCCUUCAUAUCGGAGAGCAAGCCUACUUCACAUCAGACAACAUGCAGAAGGAUGGUAAGGUGGUGGAUGGCAGUCUGUUGGGGGAUGCCAACGGGGUAGAGCCUGGUCCAGGAAGAGUGAAGGAGUCUGGGAAAUGGCAGAAGCCCCAGUUCACACACAAAGCCCUGAUGAACUGUUGUCUGAUCAAAUGGAUCAUAACCAGCAGGACAACACCAGACAAAGACAGUAGUGACAGUGAUUUGGAGCUGUCUAUAGUUCGUCACCAACCAGAAGGCUUGGACCAGCUGCAGGUUCAGACCAAGUUCACCAAGAAGGAGCUCCAGUCACUAUACAGGGGCUUCAAGAAUGAGUGUCCGAGUGGUUUGGUUGAUGAAGAGACGUUCAAGACCAUCUAUUCUCAGUUCUUUCCCCAAGGAGACGCCACCACCUAUGCACAUUUCCUGUUCAAUGCGUUUGAUAUGGACAGAAAUGGCUCCAUUCGUUUUGAGGACUUUGUGAUUGGCCUGUCUGUUCUUCUGAGAGGGUCAGUCACAGAGAAACUCAACUGGGCCUUCAACCUGUAUGACAUCAACAAGGAUGGAUACAUCACUAAAGAGGAGAUGCUGGCUAUUAUGAAGUCCAUCUAUGAUAUGAUGGGCAGGUACACAUACCCCAGUGUACGGGAUGAGGCACCCUCUGAACAUGUGGAUAAGUUCUUCCAGAAAAUGGACAGAAACAGAGAUGGAGUGGUGACCAUUGAGGAGUUCAUUGAGACCUGUCAGAAGGACGAGAACAUCAUGAACUCCAUGCAGCUCUUUGAGAAUGUGCUCUAGAGCCCAGCAGAACAUACUACGUCAUUCUCCCAUCGUCCGAUCCCGUCCUCCUGUCUAUACACAACCCUUGUCCAAUCCCAUAAUAUACACGCACACGCACACACACACACACACACACACACUCAAUUUAGUGCAUCCUAAUCUAGGAUGGCUAAUCCACAGAUAUGUACUAGCAGAGUUCAUUUACUGCUGCACUAGCUUCAACCUGCCACUGCUUGUGGACUAAAGAGCGCACUAGAGAAAGAAAAGAGGAGAGGAGAGAAGAGAGCUACUGGGACUUCUUCUACUUUACAACUUGUCAGCUUCCCAAAGAAAGGAGAAAGAAGGACCAAACUGCUCAACACUGAUGAUCCGAGGAGCUUCUAGAACUCUGCCUUCUCAUUGGACCAAAAUGACAAAUGACUAAUCAAAAGAUGGAGAGAGAAUAUGAGAGUGGCAAUUGUGGAAACUCAUCAUGAUGUUGCUGACCUCCAGACCAGGAUCCUGUAGCUACAACACAUAAGUACACUUACACAGCACUUACACAUACUAUAUGGGGAUGCACUGACACACUUCUUUGAAUAGUGUUUAAGAGAGUUGAUGUAGCGUACAGCAAGUUGGAUUGAUCCUGGGCAAGGACACCAGCACCAAACACCACAGAGACACUAAAUUGAAAAGAACUGAAGCAUGCGCUUGCACUAAGAAUCAUUCAUAUUCUACAAUAUGCACCAGAUGAGAAUGCAUUGUAAAUGUAGAUAGUCACAUUAGACCACUAAAAGAAAACGCAGUGUGUAUGUAGAUAUGUAUAGACAGUAAUAUAUAAUAAUAACAUAAAUAAAGUUAGACGUUGUGCUCUCCUCUGUACUGCUCUAUUGGUAGUAAGUAGUAGGUGGGGUUAAGGUUAAGGCCAAACAAAAUCUAUGGGCAGGUUUUCUUAACACUUACAGAAUACUAAUUGAUGGAAUUGUAGCCUUACAUGUUUAGUAUGUCUUUUUGGAUCAUUUGAUCGUACAGGUAUUUUGUUUCAUUUCAAGUCAGUUCUGGAGUUUUGAGUUAACCCUACGGGCGGUGGGCUCUAACCCUACUGGUUGCGUCUGUGGCCAUAGUUCUAGGUAACACAGGGAGGGUCACUGGUUCUGUUCUGUCACCAACGGACCAGCGAGUCACCAACGGAUAAGCAUGAGAUGUACAGUAUGUCAGUGCCUCCUUAUAAUGUGUGUAACAACAAGACAGAUAUACUAAGAUGUAUAUGUGUUAUAAACUAAAGCCAUCCUCAGAUGAAUACAGAGUAUACAGCUAUGGCUUGAUCCCUCUUCUCAAUCGUUCAUCGGAGGUUUUGUUUUUUUAAUGUCCCAAAAUGGCCCCCUGAUUUCCUUUCGGGAAUAGGGUCCAUUUAGGACAUCUAUGAUGUGAUCAUCUGAGGUCUGAGCACUGACCACUAGUGAUGACAUCACUUUCCUAUCCUAAGCCCUGAUAAGGUAUGUGGUGUUGUUGUUGUUGUUGUUGUACAGAUAUAUGCAGUAGUGAAUGAAGGAACAGUGUUCCUGUGGCAGAAGGUAUUAUUACAUGCCCGUUCUUCUCAUUGAAACCAAAAGCAUUUCUGGGACGGCAAAAAUAUGCCAUAAUCCUGAUGCGGUAAUACCAUGGUAAAUAAUGGUAAUACUAUAAUCCUUUGUACCUGUAACACGUUGACUGCUCAGACUGCAGACAAAACCCAUACCCACACCCCGCCCCACCCCAUACUUUCAUACCCCUACACCUAAGCCCUAACCACCAAAGCCCCUAGGCACCAGGCCCUAUAUAUUGUACCCUGUGGCCCUGUUCUAGGAAAUCACAUUGUCUCAGAGGUAGAGUGUUGUAACAGAGGUUUUCUCUGUCUUUGCCAUAACAACAUAGCUCAUGUGACCUGGCCUGGAGCAGAUUAGUUCUGUUCACACGUGUGCGUGUGUGUGUUUGUUUGUGCGGUCUGGCAUGAAUGAAUGAAACAGACUAGAGACCAAACCAUAGAACUAAAGAAUGCACAGAUAGCAUGGCCAAGCCCCGGUGCCUGGCCUAAAUGUCAAACACACACACACACACACACACACACACACACACACACACACACACACACACACACACACACACACACACACACACACACACACACACACACACACACACACACACAUAUAUAUACUCACACACUCCAUGUGAGCCACUCUCUCCAUGAGAAAACAAUGUUGUGUUAUUUACUGUUUGAAGGAGGGCCUGUUUUGAAGCAGAAAGACUAGAAUGACCAGUGCAAACAUGAGGGAAUUCUUAACUCAUAAUUCAUUUGAAUUCUAAAUGGCCUGAUUGAGAAUUCCCAGGAUUCCUAGGCUGUAUGUGUUGAUCACUUCACUAUCCGUGGGAUGUCAUCAUGAGUGGGUGGGUGGGUGUGUAUGUGAGCAUUACAAAGUGUACGUGUGUGCAUGAGUGCUAGAAUGUGUGUGUGUGUUGCAAAGUGGAGCAUGAUGUAAAUCCAGGCUUUAGGAUCUCUAGUGCUACUCCUCCUGCCAAACACCUUCACAAACAUGUGACUCCUGAUUCUACUGUCCCAAAUCCUCAGGUCUCAGCUCCCUUACACCACACAUGCACGCACGCAUGCACACACACACACACACACACACAUUAAGGUUCAAGUUCUGGAAUACUACAGGCCUACAUAAGCCUUUACCUUACAUACCUGUAGUCAUUGUCAUGUGGGGUACUUUAUCUCACAUGCAUAAAUAACCACCAAAGCGAGCACUGAGAGAGAGUUUGUGUAUGUCUGUCAUGUCUGAUCUCACUCCCUUGUGUAUGCGUCAGUGGCAGGUGCUGGUAGGGUAAAGGCUGAUUGGGGAUUAGUCAAUAGCCAGGUCAUAGCAGGUCAGGAGGACACGGCCACUUUGGCCAAUGGAAAAUGAAGCACUUUAGUUAGUUCAUUGAGUGGAUAAUAUACUGUAGCAGAUCUUACACUACAGGGCCAAUAAUAAACAACAAAAAGAGUAGAUCUAAGAUCAGGUGCCUGCUGUACAUCAAAUCUUAUUCAUUAUUGUCUAAAAGGCUAAACUGAUCCUAGAUCAGCACUUCUAAUCUGAGAUGCUUGUUGAUAAAUACAUGCCCAAAUAUGACUUUGUUUCUGGAUGGAGACUGAUUUGCCAGACUGCUGUAUAAAUUCCUCUGUUGGUCUUUGAGUUGACUGCCUGAUCUGUUAGGUACCUGCUUUGGCUUUCAAAUAGAUCAUUGAUUUAG